UUCUCAUCAUGAUGUAUUGACUCGAAUUGAGGCCGAAUCGCAGAGAAUAUUGAUUUCUCAUUACUGUGUGUGUGUGUGUGUAAAAUCGCCUCUUUUUUACUCACUUCUGCAUUUAAACAACUAACUAUCGAAUUUUUAAAAUCUAAACAUCAUAAUUCUCAUUCAUAUAAACAUUCGGAUAAUAUAUAUAUAUAUAUAUUUACCGUAACAAAAAACUUCGAAGUUUGAAAAACAAACAUGAGUUUUGGAAAUUUUUUACGGCGUAUCUCGUUUGAUAGUGAAAAAAUUCACACAGAUUCACCAACUUCAUCAGAGGGUAACGAGACAUCUGGUAUGAAUGCCUUUUUCACGUCACCGAGUAAAAUUUUUGAAAGUGUUAAUGCAAAAACUGGUCAUCUUGUAUCAGAUUUAAAUCAAAAAUUGGACAUAAGUGGAAAACUUGAUUCGAUUAAGCAAGCCUCCGUUGGUACACUGGAACAAGUUGUACGUGGAUCAUCAUCAGUUGUAGUUAAUCGUUCGGAUAGUAAAGAUGUACCGCAGAGGGAAGAAAUCAUCGCCGGUGAAAACGCCGUCAAACCAUCAGAUAUUGAUUCACCCUCGUUCUACAAUAAAUCUAAGGCAGAUUUCGAUGUAGCGCAUUCAACGAAAUCAACAUCUCAAUUUUCACCGGCUCAUCAGUCUCAGACAUCGUCAUCAACUGCUGCUGGUGGUGGUAGUAGUAGUAGUGGAUUAAGACGACAAAGUACACAGAACACUCCUCGUCCACCAAGACCACCACCGCCAAGUUCUGCAGCACUGAGUAGAGCAAUGAGUUUAGAUGAAAACAACCUUUCUGCACAAAUGAAGACAAUUCGGAAGGGACAACCAACUGAUGAACAAUCUGAUGAUUCUCAUAGAAUGAAAUAUUCAGGAAAAGAUCGUCUACUGUCGAGUAAAGCAAUUGAAGAGUCAUGCAUACUACAGCAACCUGAUGCACUAGUUAUUGAAGAGGAAGAGAACAGCUCUGCUUCAGAAUACGGUGAGAAUGGUGAUCAGCCAAUUUAUAGACCAGAAUCCGAAUUGCCGAUCCCUGCAGAUAAACAAACUAGCAUUUCAAUAAGUCAUGCCAAGUCACCGGCAUCAUCAUCAAAAAGUGCAGCAGUUAGAGACGAGGAGCAGAAGGAGACAUCAUCAUCUGCCUAUCGUUUGACUUCAACAGAGCCUAGUGGAACGAAUAUAGAAGAAAUUCAAGAAUUUAUGGAAUUAUAUGCUUCAGCGCUAAUUAUCGGACGCUCUGACUAUAUAAAGAACAAGGAGAUUGAAUUACAAGAGUUAUUAACUACUCCUGCUGGAAGAAUUGGUUUUGUCAAUGCUCUAGAACAAGAGUCUCGUCGUACACAAGGUUUGGUAGACCUGCAAGCCUUACCGAAAUUACUCGAUCAAAUUGGACUGUUGUUAGUCGAAUGUCAAAAUGCUGAGGAUUUUUCACCAGCUAAAAAGCUUCUCACGAUAUCACUGCAAUUCUACACUUAUGAUCCUUCAGUGUCCACUGAUCGUACAUUUAUCUUUGCGUAUAUCAAAAAUCAACCAAUAUGGCAAUCAUUACGUUUUUGGAAUGCAUGUUUCUUCCAAUCCCUUCAAGAAGCCCGUUCAAAGGCAGAAGAAUCACCAUAUGAUGCAAGGAAAUCAGCUUCGACCACAUACGAUCAAUUGAAAUCAUACUUGCACACAAUGAAUGUGUUCAAUCUUCAUGAGACAAUAAAACAAGAAUUUCUACGGAAACAAGCUGAUCUGUUCAAUUUAAACGAUGAUGAAAUAAGUUCCCUGUUGUCGAUAAUUUCGUCAUCCGAUUAGCGAAUUAUUCUGUUUUCUUCAGUGGAACACAUGAUAGUCGUACAGACCAAGAAAUACACACACACACAUAUAUAUAUUUCUAUAUCUGAACAGGCGGGGAAUGAUUGGCGGAGCGGCUAAAUAUAAACUGAUAAUCAUAAUCAUACACAACACUUACACACACACGCACACACGCAGACACACACAUACACCCCAAUAUUCCGCUCUCUGUUUAUCACCUCCCCACGCCCGUUUUGUUUUGUUUUUAAUUAUCUUAGCCAUCGUCUGUUCUCCUCCGUGUUCUUCUUCUUUCUCUUGUGAAUCAAGUAUCACACUUCACUGGAAGCUGUGUGAAUCACGUUUCAUUUUUUUCCUGCCAUCAUUCUCUCUUCACUUUGAACUUGACUCAUCGAAAUUAGUGUAACACCGCAUCAAUCUGUUUUUGUUUGAUUGUCUCUCGUAUAUGCACACACACUCACACACACACACCGACCUUCCUUCAUCUCUCUUUACAUCUCGCAUCUUGUUUUAUGUAUAACUCUACUGUGUGUGUGUGUGUGUGCGUGUACGUGUACGCGCGAAUGAAGAUGUGGCAUUCAGUAGAUCUAUUCACGAUUGUCUACUUUCAUGAAUUCUAUUCCGUUCUGUUCAUCUUCUAUUUUCGUUUUGUUUUGAUCCACCCCUUACUUACUUACUUGAUUGAUUGAUUGACUCAUUGAUUUGAGUAGUCCGUCUCAGGUGUGUGUGUGCGUGUGUCUGGUGAAUCUACAAUUGCUCUCGCAGAGUUUCUCAUGUCAUUUUUCAAUAUAGCAUCUUGUGCAUUUACAAUACAUGCGCAUACUUACUACAAGUACACAUUCCAAAUAGAGUUUAGAGGGAAAAUAACGGAUUGUUUGAUACCCCCACCCACACACUCGCACACACACACACACAUCCGACUAAGAAAUCAAUCAAUCGAUAAAUGCACCAUAGUAAAACAGUACGUAACGUACGUACGUACGUACACAUUAUAUCUAAUACACAAUUAAAAUCUAUUUUCUCUUUCAGACUAUUUUAGCUUAACCUACUUACCUCAAUGUUACCACAAAACGUUUGUUUAAUACUACAAUACUGACUCCAUUGUGAUUAUUAUUAUAAUGAUUAUUUAUCUAAUCAAAUAUAUGUGUUCAACAAAAUACAAUAAUAUUCAU